AACAUUGAAAAACUCUACUCAUCCAGUGAUCCAUCGGAAAUUAACUCCACUCAGAAGUCAUUACAAGAAAUCCAGAGGUCCUCGUAUGGGUAUGACUUAGCAAACUCGUUAUUGAAUACUCCUUUGAAAAACUGUAAGUAUUUUGGUGCUUUGACUUUUACUGUAUUUAUAAAUAACCAUUUAUCAUUAUCCAAUUCAUCAUCAAAAGAUGAUGAUGAAAUUAACAAUAAUACCUUACACCUAUUUAACUUGAUUCAAACCGACUUGAAUCAAAACUUAUUCAUUAUAAGGAAAUUACUAUCAAAUUUAUCCCAAAUAUUUAUCUCAAAUUAUAAACAUUAUCAAAAUCCAAUUGAUACUUUAUUAAAAGUUAUUUUGUCUUUGGAUGGAUUAGAUAAUGAACACGAUAUUGAGCGAACCAUCUCUUUCUUACCGGAAGAUCAUGUUAAUUUGAUUCUUGUUUUUUACACCAUUUUAAUCGAAGAUAUUUCGAAAAAAUUGGAUUCAAAUGAUUCAUUGAUACACAGCUUCAUCUAUGAUUCAAUCUUUGAGAAAUUUAACUCCAUUUUAUCUUAUUUAAACCAUCUAAUACUAGACAGUAAUCAAAAAUUACCAUCCUCAAUUCAUUCAUUAACUCUUUCCACUAUAAAUUCUUGGGUCUCUUAUAUAUCUAUCGCUGAACAAAUAUCUUCAGUAAGAUACUCUCAUCAGGAUGUGCAAAAUAUCAUCCAAUUCAUAUUCAUACCUUUUCUUAAUCCUUCUUUUGCUUCUUUACCAAUUGAAGAUAUGGAUUUUGACCUUUCAAAUCAAUCGAUUUCUGUCUUGACAGAAAUUUUGGAAAUCAACCCUUCUAUGUUGAAUAAUGAUUCUAAAAAUUUCUUAAAAUCUUUAUUCUUCGAAAAUAAUCAUUGGGGAGUUCACUUUUUAGAUAUUGUGGUUUUCAAUAAUGAUAAUAGAGAAAUUUAUCAAGAUGAAGUCUCAACUUUUAUAAAUUUAAUCAUCAUUUUUGUCCAAUUAGAUAUUUUAAGGUUUUCCAAAAAUUUAUUAGAAGGUGACUCUCAACAUAUCUUAUCGAUAAUAAUUAAACUUACUGAUAUACCGGGAAUUCCAAUCAUUGAAGAAUCAAUAAGUGAACUAUUAUUAGGAUUCUGGGAAGAGCUAGCUAGCAUUUUUGUUGAUGAUGAAGAAACUUUUAAAACUUAUUUUGAACAAUUAGAUAAUCAGAGUUAUGUCGAAAAUUUCAAUCUGGAAAUUACUAAAAUUUUCAACCAAGUUUGUUCAAUUUAUUGGCUGAAAAUUCAUUUAAUUCCUUUUGAAGUUUUGAAAAAUUCAAAAUCAGAAUUCUUGAAUUAUCGUCAUAACGUGGCCGAUUUUUUCAUUCUAAUAUACUCCUUAUUGAAAUUGCCCUUUUAUGAAAAUUUAUGCCUAGAUGUUACUAACAACUUGUUACUAGCUGAAUCAAACCCUGAAAAAUUGAUCAAUAUCGAAGCAACCCUCUACUUGUUAUUCAAAAUUAAUGAAGAUUGUACUUUCUAUGAAUCUCAAUCAAAAAAUCUUCUUCCUUUUACUAAAAUAAUCUUUGAAAAUAACUUAUUAAACAUAUAUAAUAUGUUACCAAUAGAAGUUGGUUUGAAUCAAUACCAUUAUUCAACUUUGAUAAAUUACCUAUCGUCAUGUCAAUUUUUUUUGAAAACUGAAAUUGGUAAGAACUAUUUAGGUGACAUAUUUGAUUUACUUUUUUCAAUCAUCCUUAAGACUUUGAAUAAUGAUGCUUUAUCUUCAUUAUCGUUGAUUACUUCGAAAACAAUUUUAAAAAUUUGUCAAGAAUGUCGUACCAACUUGGUUUCCUUCUUACCUAAUUUAGAAGUUAUACUUAUUGAAAUCUUAAAAAACCAACAAUUAGACCAUUUAAUUAGACAAAGGUUAUUCAAUUCCUAUGCUUCGAUUGCUCAAUGUUUGAAAGAUCCUAAUGAAUUCGGCUUGAUCUUAAGUCGAAUUUUGGAGCUUAUCAAUCAAACUUCAUUAAAAAUGUUGGGUUCCUCUGAUAGCCUUAACGAAGACCAAGAAGAUUACUUAAUUUCUAUCCUUUCUUGUGUCCUUGAAAUUGGUAAAGGUUGUCAAUUACCUGAUGAACCGGAAGAUUUAUAUUCUCAAUCAGAACAACUUGCCAUCAAUGACUAUUGGUUGAAUGAUAAUUUGCAUAUUAAGAAUGUUGUUGUAUCAAUAAUAGAACAAUAUUCUCUCAAUCAUUCACAAUUCUCCCAAAAUUCUACAGUCACAGAAAGAUGCUGCUUAAUAUUGAAAACUGGUUUGGGAGAACCUCUACAUGGACCAUUCACUUUCGAUAAUGAUACUAUUUUUCAAUAUUUAAUCACUAAAAUGAAUCAAUUGACCAAUGUUGAUUCAGUUCCACAUAUAUACUCAUUGAUCGAAACUGUCAUAAUAAUCAAUUUCAAAGAUUUAGAUGAUUCUUUAAUUAACAACCUAAUUGAAAAAGUGUUUACUAAUCAUUUACAAUUACUAAAAUCCGAUCCAGAUUUGAUUAAAUGUUCAAUUGAUUUAUUCUCCACUAUUUUAGAAAGAAAGCCGUCCUUGAUUUUGAUGUCACCAAUUUUCAAUGAGAUAGUCUUAGCCUUUGCUAUUGAAGGUUUAAACGCCAAAGAAACUUUCAUUAUCAAAUCAGUACUGAAAUUUUGGGUUAAUUUAAUUAGUUUGAAAAAGGGUAAAUUACCUGAUCAUGAAAGAAUAAAUGACUUAUUUCAAACCAAUGAAAUUUUCACAGAAUUUUUUCUUAAAAAUUUGCUAAAAUCUUUUUUGACAACUUCAAGAUCGAACUUGGACUCAUAUUAUCCAAUUUUCAGACAAUUGAUCGGUAAAUUCCCAUUAGUUCUUAAAAAGAAGCUUAUAUAUAUAUUAGCUAACGAUCAUGAAAUCAUUAACCGCGAUAAAAUAAGUGAAAAAUCAUUGGAAACUUUCAUCAAUCAAUUAAUGGUUACAAGAGGUCAAAGAUCUGCCAAUGAAGUUUUGAAAAAAUUUUGGUUAGCAGUCAAUGGGCUUAUUGAAUUCAACCAACAAAGCUUUUAA